AUGACGAAGACCCACACCAGAUUCCACAUUCUCAAGGUCCUCAAGAUCAAUAAGAUGUAAGUAUAUAAUAGAAAGCAAUCAAUACUUUCGCAAAUCAUUAGCAAUGAAUGAUUUUCAAAGUUUACAUAGGCUCCAGGUUGGUCUGGUCUAAAGAAUUUUGAAUUAUAUUUUAUUGUCUUCAAGUGCAAAAGUAAUCUAAACAGAUAGAAACUACUCAAAUAAAAAGCAGUGCCCUGUAUUAUUUAGUGUUAUCAACUAAAAAGUCCAAUCUUUUGCUGUUUAUAAAAUCAUCCUCAGAUCAUGAAUGAUCCAUCUUCUACUUUUUAUAUUUAACGUAGUCAUCUUUUACAUCUUUUUCGUGGAAAUGUUUUUUUUGCAGCUAUUUAAGGAAGUCUUUGAAGUGCGAAGUUCAGAAUUUCUUGAAAUUUUGCACACAGGACGGGCACGGGUAACGUAUAAAUGUCUGAUUAGAGACAAAAACACUUUUUGGCCGCACUGGUAUGAAACUUUUCAUGCCAAAUUCGCCAAAAAGUGUCACACUUUAGCCAACUUUCGACCUAACAAUCUCGAUCGUUUCUGUAAAGCACCAGCUAGAAACCUCGCAUUCUUACAAAAAAAUAUCUAAAUUUUUGCACGGUUUCAUCAAAAUCUGAGCGUUGCACUUGGAGUACUUUCCCUGUUAGUUGUAAAUAUAAAAAUAAAAAGCGAAAUAAUGCAUUCAAAGUCCGUCAACUGAAAGUUUUCUGUUCAGCGAAUACGACCGCUCUUUUUAUUUACCCAUAUUUAUUAUCACCGCCUCUCAUGAUUACUACAUUUAAAUUCAAAUCGAAGGAAAUAACCUCAGUUAUAAUAGACCAAUCUAUUCUGAAUUUCAGAUCAUUUAGACUCCCAAUUUUGUAAUCCAUUUAAGAACUGUCCUUUUGUUGAUAGUUAUUCACAGUUAUCCGAAACCGGAUACUGUAAUCGUCAUGAUUUCGGGAAGAUUCCAAGGUGGUUUCAAUGGAAGUUCCCCAACUAAAUAUGAACCGUAAAUAAAUCAGCGAUUCGCCAAAAAAGGCGCCCCCUCCUUUUUAAAGAUUGGUCGUUAUCAGCGCGGAGUCGAUUAGUCACAUAGGAUCUGUUUACAAAAACCGUCGCCGGCUUCAUUUCCUCCCAUUCUCCCAAUCUUGGCCACUUUGUUCGCUUUCCAAUGAUCCGAAAAUUCAUUUAUUUCCUUCAAAAAUCCCGUCGUAAUGACGCAUUUUAUGAAAUCAUACCAUUAUUUUCUCGCUUUUGUCGCCGAAGCAAUCUGGUUUUAUGUUGCACGCAAGGACAAGGGACGAUAUGAAUUGAACUUUUGAUUUUUACAAAGAAGACUCCACUUUUUUUAUCACAAUUUAUGGCUAAUAUACCUAAAGCAAUUUCGAUUUACCUUUCUCCUGGAAAGUCUUGCUUGAUGUCGGGACAAGUUUUAAAAAAAAGUUCACGUGAAGCGGCGUCUGAUAUUGUUUUCUUCUUGUCCAAAUCCUGUUAUUUUUGUUUUCAAUCAAGGAUAAUAUAAUUCAUAUUCGACUUGUUUUGAUUCUGGUUUUAGUAUUCAUGAUUGAUCGUUAUUGUGGAUUCUGGGCUGGGCGUUGCCUCGAUUGAAAACUGACCUAUUCAUGGAUAAGGUCUUUAGUCGCUGUGGGCGUUAUUAUUUUUCUUAUCAGUAGACCUUCAAUUAUGGUAUCCUUUAGGACAAACUGCCACCGCGAUUCCAAUAUGAACCCAGUGGAAACCGGUGGCAUCGACUUCUUAGAACGAAGAUUGGCUGAUCACACCAACAUCCUCGAGUUGUCUGCCUUCAAGGAAGAUUCUACGAUCUUCGAGAGGAGUCGAUUGUCCAAGUCUGAGGUAAGUUGUAGCUAAAAUCUGUACUUGGUGAUUGGAGUAGCCUUUUUUCAUUUGCUGUUGUUUUUUGUUUUGGCAUGUACUUUUAUCAUGGUUAAAAGCAUUUGCCUUUGUUUUCUCUAUUUAUAUUACACUCUUUUCAGCCUAAAGACGAAACAAAAUUUGCUUUGAAUGAAUUUGAAAAAUGUAAUCCCUUGGUAUCAUUCUCCGUUUACAUCACCUGGGUUAUUCUAAUGUUGAUGGCUCACUUCCGCGAGUUUCUUCGCAAAUAUGGUUUUGAGAAAAAUCUUGCAGCGGUCGAAAGACCCGAACAGAAGGUGAGUAACUAGUUUUUUUUGUGAGGUACUUUUGUUUUUAGGAUUUUGCACCUUUGUACAGCUCGUUCGAGUCAGUGUACUCUCGUAACUGCUACAAUCGAGUGAGGGAUGUCUUCGAAAGGCCGAUUUGUUCAGUCCCCGGAGCCAAGGUAACCUUGCUCGAUCGGGUUACCAAGGAUUAUGGAUGGACUUUCGAGUAUGUACUUUAUUUUUUUCCGUUAUUUUUUUUUAGUUUUACUGGAGGGAAGACAGAAGUUAUCAAUGUGGGAUCUUAUAAUUACCUCGGAUUUGCGGAGAAUCAUGGAAGAUGCUCAAAAGAAGCUUUAAAAAUACUAGAUGAACAAGGAAUCUCCGUCUGCUCCACGGUUUCCGAGUUCGGGAUCCCGAAAAUGCACAAUAAGCUUGAGGAUUUAGUGGCUGAGUUUCUCGGAGUCGAGGAUUCCAUUUGUUUUAGUAUGGGAUUCGCGACCAAUUCAAUGAAUGCCCCUUGUUUAGUUGGAAAGGUAAUCAAAAACGACGGAGAUUAAUGUUUAUAUCACGUUCAGAACGACCUCAUUAUCAGCGACCAGUAUAAUCACGCAUCCCUUGUUCUCGGGUGUCGUCUUUCGGGUGCUGGAAUUAAAGUUUUUAAACAUAAUGACAUCAAAAGUCUCGAGAAAACCAUCAGAAACGCAAUUUCGAAGGGCAAUCCGAAGACUGGAAAACCUUUUGGGAAGAUCUUAAUUAUUGUGGAAGGCAUUUAUUCCAUGGAAGGAUCUAUUUGCAACCUCCCAGCCAUCAUCGAACUCAAGAAGAAAUACGGUUGUUACCUAUAUCUGGACGAAGCUCAUAGUAUCGGAGCGAUGGGAGCCAAUGGGAGAGGAGUUGUUGAAUAUUGGGGAUGCAAUCCAAAGGACGUCGACGUUCUCAUGGGCACUUUCACCAAGAGUUUUGGAGCCGCUGGUGGUUACAUUGCUGGCAGUCGGGUAAGAUAAUAUUGGAAUAAGUAAUUUAAUUUAAACAGAGUGUUAUCACUCAUCUCAGGAAGACGUCCCCAACUGCUUACUAUUCAACUCCUAUGUCUCCAGCCGUAGCAGCCCAGGUUUAUGCAUCAAUGAGCAUUAUUAUGGGCAGGGAUAACACAACCGACGGUAAGAUCCAGAAAAAAAAAACAAUAUGCUUUAUUUUUUAAAUGUUAGUUAUCUAUAUGAGACUUGUAUGGGUAUUUUAGGUCGUGAUCGAAUUGAACGGCUUCAUCGGAAUGCUCGGUACUUCAGAUUACACUUGAAGAAAAUGGGAUUUAUUGUUUAUGGAUCAGAUGACAGUCCUGUGGUCCCAGUCAUGAUCUAUUAUCCUACAAAGUGUGGACUCUGGGGUCGGGAGAUGUUGAAAAGGAAUGUCGGAGUGGUAGUGGUGUCCUUCCCGGCCACAGAGAUGACAGAAUCCCGUUGUCGUUUCUGUCUUUCGGCCGCCCACACCAAGGAAAUGCUGGAUGAAGUUUUGAAGGCCAUCGAUGAAGUCGGGACGAUGAGUCGGGCCAAACACUCAUACAGAACAGCAUUGUACAAAGAUCUGAACAUUGAAUGGUAGAAGUAAUUGAUAGUUGUCCAAAGUGCGGGUCUUGGAUGCUUUCCUCGAGAGAACCACUUCAUUCCAUGUACAAUAUAUUGUAUCACAUGCCGGUUUUCUCAGCCAUUCUUCGUAACACUGCUUGCUCAUUACAUAAUUUCAUAACAUUCGAAUCGAAUAGAUUCCAUCAUCAUUAUUCGAAUAAAUUUUUAUUUCCUCGCACAGCGUUUCAAAAAUUUUUCGGCGCCGUUCGGUGUCCGAAAAUGAAAAAAAAUAAAAAGUGGUGCUUACAAUUCGUCGUGUACCUGUCUAGCCACAACAGAUAUCAGUGAACUAAAAGUGUGUAUGUUCCAAUUUGAGAAAUUGCCGUUCCAAGUGAAACGGUAUGCAUCGUAUAAUUCGAGUUUUGUUUUUUGGAAUUAGUAAAAGAGCGGCCUGCGCCCUAAUUAAAAAUAUUUCUAAAAAAUGUUGCAUAUUUUUGUUAUAAAUUGUUUGUAAUUGGUGUUUAGACCCUCUGAUGCUUCUCAGAUGCCACAUAAAUGAGUAUUCCACGGUUAAUUCCAGCUUUGCUCAGGCCUCUCCUUUUAAAUCCUAGAUCUCUUCUCAAUGGAUCAAUUGCCAGUCUCAGUUUCACCCCAGAAUAUAGUAAACAGCGAAAGCGAACAAAACAUGUAACUCCUGUUGUGGUAAAGUCUAUCAAGUCCAAGAAAACACCAAUUGAGUUUUAUCAUGACAUGACCUUAAAGUAAGUUGACUAACUUUUGGAAAUUUACCUAAUAUUGGUUUAGAGAAGCUGCUGAGGCCCUCAAUGAGCCGCUGGAAAGCGUCUUGGAAGCGAUGGUAGAUGUGAAUCCGGAAAUAAUUGAUCUUGCUGAUCAGAAUAAAGGUAAACUCUUGUUAUUUUUUUAUAAAUUUUAAUUUUUAGCCGUCGAUAAACGAAUACUUAUGAAUUUGGCCUCAAUCUAUGACAAAAGACCUCGAUGGAUUCAUAGGCCGAGCGAGAAGAAAGCGAUGGAAAAGUUAAGUAAAGAUGAAGUAGACGUCUUCCCCCAGCCUCCUCCACCAGAUGAAGAACUUGUCAAAAGGGCACCCGUUGUUACUAUCAUGGGACAUGUUGACCAUGGAAAGACAACCUUGUUGGACUCGCUGAGAAACUCGAGGAUAACAGCUGGCGAAUUUGGAGGGAUAACUCAGCAUAUCGGCGCUUUCUCAGGUGAUUACUUACUUUCUUUAAGCAUCCUCUUCAGUUGUUCUUCCACAUUCUUCUGAUCGAGUAACCUUUAUCGACACUCCUGGUCAUGCCGCUUUUAAGGAAAUGAGAUCAAGAGGAGCUCACUCCACCGAUCUUGUUGUUUUAGUCGUCGCGGCUGAUGAUGGAGCCAACGAGCAAACAGUGGAAUCGAUAAAGUAUGUGUAAUGUGUUUAAAAAUUGACUAUUUACAUAUUUAGAUAUAUCAAAGAAGCCGGAGUUCCUUUUGUCGUCGCAAUAAAUAAGAUUGACAAGCCUAACGCAGAUAUCCAAAAGGCUAAGAGAUCUCUGAUGCAAUAUGAUGUUGUGUUGGAGGAUAUGGGAGGGGACGUUCCUGUGGUCGAGAUCUCGGCACUUCAGGGGACCAACUUGGACAAACUUCAAGUAAGGGAUCUCCAUUUAUUUUAUAUGGUUUAGGAACUUCUGGUUGCACAAGCCGAAUUAAUGGAGUUGAAAUCAACCCCUAAGGGGUUGACUGAGGCUGUAGUUAUAGAAUCAACCACGGUGCAAGGUAAGAUUUGCUUGAAGUUUAUUCGUUUCCCCUCCUGUUUAGGUGUUGGAAAGAUGUGCACACUAAUUGUAAAUCGAGGGACCUUGAAAAGGAAUGCCGUUCUUGUGGCUGGAAAUACGUGGGGACGAGUGAAGAGUAUGGUUGAUGAGUUUGGAAAUAAUGUCAACGAGGCCGGGCCAAGUACUCCAGUAAAAAUAUCAGGUUCGAAUUGGUAUCCCAAUAUCUUUCUUAUGUGAUAUUUAAUAGUAAUGUUCAUUAAUUUUAGGGUGGAAGGAUGUUCUUCCAUCUCCAGGAGAUACUGCAUUAGAAGUGGAAUCAGAAGAAAGAGCAUGGAAAGUAGUUCAACUGAGACAAGAAAAGUUGAACGAGAAGUUUGCCGAAGAAGUAUAUGUAAGAUGACGAAACGUUUCAGAACAUGUUCUUGUUUCAGGAAUCGAUAGACGCCCAAAGAGAGGAAGCCCGACAAAUUUACUUGACGAACAGGCAGAAGUUGAUUGACCGGGGAAUGAGAUAUGGAUCUACAAUAAGAAGAGUUUAUCAUAAGGAGAACAAACUGAGGAAGGAUGAUGGGAAAAGAGAGAAGCCGGCUCUUCCCAUUAUCAUCAGAACUGAUGUGGAUGGGAGUUUGGAGGCGAUUACGAAUGUUCUCAAGACUUAUAACAACAAGGAGGUUGAUCUGCAGAUUGUCGAUGCUGAUGUUGGAGUUCCAAAUCCCGAGAUUGUUGAGGUCGCGGCUGAAUUUGAAGGUAUGUCGUUUUAAUUGAGAAUAUUUUAAAUUAUAGUUUAGCCAAGAUAAUCUGUUUCAAUGUCCCAAUUCCUCCUAAAGUUCAAGUUGAAGCAGCCGAAAAGAGAGUUCAAAUUGAACAAUUUAAUGUUAUCUAUCGACUGGUCGAUUUCCUGAAGAAUGAUCUGAAUAAGACCUAUGGUCCUAUUGAAGAGAUGAAGUUGAUUGGAGAAGGGCAUGUCCUCAAACAAUUCCUGAUCAGAGAUAACAAGGGGAAAAAACGACCGAUUGCAGGGACCCUGGUCGAUUGGGGGGUCUUCCCAAAGUAAGUAAUUAGUCGUGGAUCUUACGGUAAUAUAGGGCUGCAACUUAUCGGGUGAUAAGUACGAAGACUGGAGAGGUGGUUUAUGAAGGACCAGUGGAAUCUCUAAAGAAGGAAAACGAGUUCGUAACUGAGGUAUCGACUAACAACGAAGUCGGCAUCGCUAUCGAGAACAAUCCCGUCAAGUUUAGUCCUGAUGACAUCAUCGAGGCUUAUGAGGUUGUAAUGACCCCUAGGGAGGUUAACUGGAACCCUCCAGGAUUUUAG